UCUCCGCCGCGCGGGGCCUCCGCGGGAUUGACCUGCAGCGCGAAGAGCCGAGCCCUCUGAUUGGCUCGGAGUACAAACGCAGGCGAGUUCAGCCAGAGACCCGCUCUUCGAUUGGAUUUUACAUUAACAGUAGAGCACGAAAUAAAGAGGCCUUCAGUCAUUGGGCCAUUGUGCGAAUCUCCUUUUGGCUUCUCGGCCGACUGAAUAAGCGUCUCAGGAUCUUCGUCAUGACUCUUAAAUCUGGGCCUGUCAAUUCCGCCGAGCAUUUCUCGUCUCGAGGCGCGGCGUGGGAUUUAUGGAGUUUAACCAAUCAUAUAACGUCGAGCUCAGGUUGCCAGGCAGAUUAUGCUAAUAAGACCCCGCCUUUUAUACUGCUCCCACUCUGCGGCGGGAAGAACCACCUGGAGGUGGCGGGGGGGGUUGAUUUCCAUCACCCCUAGGGAGAGAGGAUCGGGGACCCACUGAUCUUCCAGCUCCCCUCACCCAACAUCGUGCACAUUGCAGACAGACCCUUCUGUCCUUCAUGAGCGCUCGCGUGCUGGACAGAUGACCAUCCUCCGCCCUGUGCUGCUGUGAGGGGCCCAGACGUGGAGCUGUCCCACAGGAGAAGAUGGACCCGAAAGACGAGAGCUCACACGUCUGGCCGCCGUCUGCAGAGCACGAACAGAACACCACCCAGGUACACUUUGUUCCGGAUGCUGGAACUGUGGCUCAGAUUGUCUACACUGAUGACCAGGUCCGCCCACCCCAGCAGGUGGUGUACACGGCAGAUGGGGCCUCCUACACAUCAGUGGACGGUCCAGAGCAUACACUGGUGUACAUCCACCCCGUGGAAGCCGCACAGACUCUGUUUACAGACCCAGGCCAGGUCACUUAUGUCCAACAGGAUGCUGCAGCUCAGCAGGUGUUGCCUUCCAUCGAGAGCGUGGAUGGUUCCGACCCUCUCGCAACUCUGCAGAACCCCAUAGCCAGACUGGAGGCAAAAGAGGAAGAGGAAGAGGAAGAGGAUACUGAGGAGGAGGAGGAGGAGGAAGAAGAUGGUGAAGACACAGACCUAGACGACUGGGAGCCAGACCCGCCCCGGCCCUUUGACCCUCAUGAUUUGUGGUGCGAGGAGUGCAAUAACGCGCAUUCUUCCGUGUGUCCGAAGCACGGCCCCUUGCAUCCCAUCCCCAACCGGCCUGUGCUCACUCGGGCCCGAGCCAGUCUGCCCCUGGUCCUCUACAUAGACAGGUUCCUUGGCGGGGUGUUCUCCAAGAGGCGCAUUCCCAAGCGUACCCAGUUCGGUCCUGUGGAGGGGCCGCUCGUCAGAGGGUCUGAGCUGAAAGACUGUUACAUUCAUCUGAAGGUGUCUCUCGAGAAAGGGGACAGGAAAGACAGGGAUCUACACGAGGACCUGUGGUUUGAGCUGUCCGACGAGAGCCUCUGCAACUGGAUGAUGUUCGUGCGCCCCGCCCAGAACCACCUGGAGCAGAACCUGGUGGCUUACCAGUACGGCCACCACGUGUACUACACGACCAUAAAGAACGUGGAGCCGAAGCAGGAGCUGAAGGUGUGGUAUGCUGCGUCCUACGCGGAGUUCGUGAACCGGAAAAUUCAUGACAUUUCUGAGGAAGAAAGGAAAGUUCUUCGUGAGCAAGAGAAGAACUGGCCCUGCUAUGAAUGCAACCGCCGGUUUAUAAGCUCAGAACAGUUGCAACAGCAUCUCAAUUCUCAUGACGAAAAACUGGACGUGUUUAGCAGAACAAGAGGCAGAGGAAGAGGACGAGGCAAGAGGCGAUUUGGCCCAGGUCGACGGCCAGGGCGUCCACCAAAGUUUAUCCGCUUGGAAAUAACCAGUGAAAAUGGGGAAAAGAGUGAUGAUGGGACACAGGACUUGCUGCAUUUUCCAACAAAGGAGCAGUUUGAUGAGCCUGAGCCGGCUCCCCUGAAUGGGCUGGACCAAGCAGAGCCGACCACCGACCCAGUUCCUCAGCUCCCACAGGAGGCCCAGGCUUCUCUGCAGCAUGAGCCAGAAACUCACACCCUGCACCUGCAGCCGCAGCACGAAGAGAGUGUGGUGCCCACCCAGAGCACUCUAACUGCUGAUGACAUGCGCAGGGCCAAACGCAUCCGAAAUGCAGCUCUUCAGCAUCUGUUUAUUCGGAAGUCCUUCCGGCCUUUUAAAUGUUUGCAGUGUGGGAAGGCCUUCCGGGAGAAGGACAAACUGGACCAGCACUUGCGCUUCCACGGGCGGGAGGGCAACUGCGCGCUGACCUGUGACCUGUGUAACAAGGGCUUCAUCAGCAGCGCCUCCCUGGAGAGCCACAUGAAGCUCCACUCGGACCAGAAGACUUACUCUUGCAUUUUUUGCCCAGAGUCCUUUGACCGCCUUGAUUUGUUGAAAGAUCAUGUGGCCAUUCAUAUCAUUGAUGGCUAUUUCACCUGCCCAACUUGUAAGAAAAGGUUCCCAGAUUUUAUUCAGGUAAAAAAGCACGUGCGCAGCUUCCACUCAGAGAAGAUUUACCAGUGCACAGAGUGCGACAAGGCCUUCUGCCGCCCCGACAAGCUGCGGCUGCACAUGCUCCGGCAUUCGGACCGAAAAGACUUCCUGUGCUCCACCUGCGGGAAGCAGUUCAAGCGAAAAGACAAACUUCGGGAACACAUGCAGAGGAUGCAUAAUCCUGAGAGGGAGGCCAAGAAAGCCGACCGCAUCAGCCGCUCCAAGACCUUCAAACCUCGGAUCACAUCCACAGACUACGACAGCUUCACGUUCAAGUGCCGCCUGUGCAUGAUGGGCUUCCGGCGCCGGGGCAUGCUGGUAAAUCACUUAUCAAAGAGGCAUCCUGACAUGAAGAUAGAAGAGGUGCCAGAGUUAACGCUACCCAUCAUAAAGCCCAACCGAGAUUACUUUUGCCAGUACUGCGAUAAGGUUUAUAAAAGUGCCAGCAAGCGUAAAGCUCACAUUCUGAAGAACCACCCAGGAGCUGAGCUCCCACCAAGCAUUCGGAAACUCCGCCCUGCAGGCCCAGGGGAGCCAGACCCCAUGCUCAGCACCCACACCCAGCUGACGGGCACCAUUGCCACCCCCCCUGUGUGCUGCCCGCACUGCUCCAAGCAGUACAGCAGCAAGACCAAGAUGGUGCAGCACAUUCGAAAGAAGCACCCCGAGUACGCCCAGCUCCCCAACACCAUCCACACGCCGCUGACGACCGCUGUGAUCAGUACUACCCCAGCUGUGCUAACGACAGACAGCGCCACUGGAGAGACAGUGGUGACGACAGACCUGCUGACGCAAGCAAUGACAGAGCUCUCUCAGACCUUAACAACAGAUUACCGAACACCGCAAGGGGACUACCAGAGGAUCCAGUACAUUCCCGUGUCUCAGUCCACGUCUGGGCUCCAGCAGCCUCAGCAUAUACAACUUCAAGUGGUGCAGGUGGCCCCGGCCACGUCCCCUCAUCAGUCUCAGCAGUCCACUGUGGAUGUGGGCCAGCUCCACGACCCACAGACCUACACACAGCAUGCCAUCCAGGUGCAGCACAUCCAGGUGACCGAGUCUACCACCUCGGCCCCGGCGUCAUCUCAGGUAGCCGGGCAGCCCUUGAGUCCCUCUGCCCAGCAGGUGCAGCCCGGGCUCAGCCCCUCGCAUAUUCCCGGCAGUUCUUCGUCACAAGGGCAGGCCUUGCAGCAGCAGCAGCCGCAGCAGCAGCAGCAAACGCAGCAACAGCAACCACAGCAGCAGCCGCAGCAGCAGCAGCAGAGCUCCUCGGUCCAACACACGUACCUGCCCAAUGCCUGGAACUCCUUCCGGGGCUACUCAUCUGAGAUUCAAAUGAUGACCCUUCCCCCAGGUCAGUUUGUGAUUACAGACAGUGGUGUGGCGGCUCCUGUCACCUCUGGCCAGGUGAAGACGGUCGCUCCGGGUCAUUAUGUAUUGUCAGAAAGUCAACCGGAAUUGGAAGAAAAGCAAAGUUCCGCUCUCCCCAGUGGAGUCCAGGUUCAGCCUCCCGCACACAGUGACUCCCUGGAGCCCCAGCCCGGCGGCCAGCAGCAGCCCAUGCAGUACAUCAUCACGACCACCACCAGCGGGAGCGGGAGCAGCGACGUCCACAUCGGGAAACCGUAGCUGUACUCCCAGAGCCAACGUCAGCGCUCCUGUCCUGUCUUCUUCUUUUACGAGUCUGAAGCUUCUAACACUUUCAACUCUUUUAAAAAAUUCAUUAUUCACUCAAGAGUUUGGAAACUAUGGUUUAGACCCCCAUACACCCAGUGGGGUUCGUUUUCUGAGGCCACCUUUACCAGACUGACUUCGUACCCCAGGGUUUCUGCCACAGGAUGGAAAUCUUUCAGGGGAAGGUAGAUAGAUUUUAGGAUGGGGAAACUUUGCUUUGCUCUUGAGUUGGUUUUUUCACUCACUAAUAAGCCUUACUUUCCCUCUGUGGAAUCCUAAGGGGUAUAUUGUGUUCAUACCAAAGGUGGGGA